GUCUCAACUUGGACUUUAUUCCUUGAAAGUUGACAGACACACACUCUCUUUCUCUCUUCUCUCUCAUUCUCUCAACAACACCUACGUUUUGCCACCAGCAACCAGCAUUGAACAAGCAAGGAGGCACUGUGACUUCUGAGACAAUUAGCAUCUCUGCAUUUUGUUGCCGAGUAUUCAAUCAACCCCUUAGUGUUUGGGUAUCUUAAUACACGUCAAUCGACAACAUGCCUCCAGCCGGUGGACGUACUACGCGCGCCCGCGUCAUCGCCAGCGAGAAUGACGAGAACAGCAUGACCGGCAGCUCCACCCGCCUGACCCGUGCCAAGGCGGCCGCCCUUCACGUCGACGAGCUCGCCCAACCAUCCAAGCCCCUGCAGUCGAAGAAGUCUGCUGCCAACUCCAAUGUCGCAGGCGCCGCUACUCGAAAGCGCGCUGCCCUUGGUGAUGUUUCCAACGUCACCAAGGUCGAGGCUACCGAGGGAAAGAAGGUCACCGCCACCAAGGCAGGCGUUGUAUCAAAGACCACACAAGCGAAUAGGGUCCAGAAGAGCACAUCAGCUGCGACAUCACGCGCCCGGGCCCCACUUGCAUCCAAGGAAGCCAAUGCAACGAAGAAGACUACCAAGGCAUCGGGCCCCGGCGAGAUCGGCUCGAAGAGGAAGGCCCCUCCCGCAGCGGCUCCGGCCCUCAAGAAGGAGAAGACACCAGUUGAGGAGGGUGAGCCCGUCCGCAAGAAGGUGCACACCGCAGAGAAGGAGAACCGGCGCUCUAAGGAGGUCGCCGAGGUCGCCGAGCCUGUCGUCAAGCCCGCCACACCCCAGCAGGAAGGAUUCGUUUACCCCGAAGGUGUUGUCGACCUCGACCAGGAGGACCAUGAUGACCCCCUGAUGGUUGCCGAGUAUGCGCACGAGAUCUUCGACUACCUUCUCACGCUCGAGCCCAAUUCUCUUCCCAACCCAGACUACAUGGACCACCAGGACGAGCUUGAGUGGAAGACCCGAAGCAUCCUUGUCGACUGGCUCAUCGAGGUCCACACUCGGUUCCACCUGCUUCCCGAGACCCUGUUUUUGGCCAUCAACAUCAUUGACCGUUUCCUCUCCGAGAAGGUUGUCCAACUCGAUCGCGUCCAGCUGGUGGGCAUCACAGCCAUGUUCAUCGCGUCCAAGUACGAGGAGGUCCUGUCGCCUCAUGUCGGCAACUUCAAGCAUGUUGCAGACAACGGAUUCACCGAGUCCGAGAUUCUGUCCGCCGAGCGCUUCAUCCUCCAGACUCUCGAGUACGACCUCAGCUACCCGAACCCCAUGAACUUCCUGCGCCGAAUCUCCAAGGCCGAUAACUACGACAUCCAGACCCGGACCGUCGCCAAGUACCUGUUGGAGAUCAGCGUUGUCGAUCGCCGCUUCAUGGCUUAUCGCCCAUCUCAUGUCGCUGCCACUGCUAUGUACCUGGCACGCUUGAUCCUGGACAGGGGUGACUGGGAUGCAACGCUGGCUUUCUAUGCCGGCUACACCGAGGAGGAGAUUGAGCCCUGCCUGCAGCUCAUGGUCGACUACCUGGCCCGGCCUGUCGGUCACGAAGCCUUCUUCAAGAAGUAUGCCAGCAAGAAGUUCCUGAAGGCGUCGAUCCUGACGCGCCAGUGGGCCAAGAAGAACGCGGCUGCGUUCGACAUUCAUGACCUAGACAUUCCCCUCGACGAGUGAGAGGCUGUUGUGUGCUUGCCUGUCGAGCAACGCAACUACUCUUUGGUCUUUUGAUGACAUAGCCCCCGGCCUCUGAUUACGAUAACCUUGAACGCUCAGCAUGUGGACAACUACUCAGGUUUACGACACUGCAUGAAUCCAUAGGCCAAAGACGAAGCUUUAUGUCAACAUCGCACUCUUCAGCGCCAAUUUGUAUUCAUUGCGCGCCAAGCGGAGAGGUCAUGAUUAUACCUUUCUCGGAUUUCGCUACUCGGUCAUUGCGGCGGCGUACGGGUGUUUAUUGGUCUGCUCAGGGACGCUGGAAGGGGAGUUCACGGUAUGAGAGUGCCCAACCGGUGUUGGUUUCUGUUCUGUUUAUUUUAUCGGAAGAUGUUUCUUCUGCCAUCAAACCUCCACUUGCUCUUGCUGCCAGACACUGCCUGGUCCUCUUCGCAGUCAUCUCUCCCAAUUGCUCCAUGGCUCGGCUCAGCAAUAAGAGUCAUCUUAAUGGUUGGAUGAUCAGUACGAUACGGCAGCAUCUCGAGGGGAUUUUGGUUCUUUUCCAUAGUGGCAGUGGCCAGGAAGGAGGGACGGACGAGGGAGAUGAUGCAUUGGCACACUGUACAUACUAACAAUGUGGUGUUGGACUACCAGCUUGUGUUUUUACGGUAGACGGGAAUAAAAAGGGUAUCAUUGUUAUGAACUGUGAUGUCAGGCCGCGGACUAUCUCGUGGGUGUGUUUCACACGAUCAUGCCGCUCGCCCUGUGGUAUAAUCUAGAUCCUGGCCGCACAUGACUGUCUCCUUCGUUGCUACACACGACGCGCCACAACCUCUUGCUAGCGGUCAUCGCCUCCCUCCCCAGUCGCUGUUGCUGUUAUUGUGCCACCAUCACCAGUGUUGCCUCCCUCAG